AAGCGAUCCCUGGGGCUUCGGCUCCCUCCAGCCUCAGGGGUCUGGCAACGAACGGCUCCGGCCUCGCAGGGGUCGCUGGAGGCUCCCGUCUGAGAUCCCCGGUUUGCUGGGCGUCUCUCUGGGCGAGAGCGCUUCCCAGGGCACCGGCGGCCCACAGCCCCCGCUGCUUCUGCGCCCAAGAAAGAGCCUCGCGCCUCAAAGCUCUGCGGGGCCGAAGCUGCCCGGCCAGUGGCGCCCCCUUCGUUUUCCCCGCCCGAGUGUCCGCCGGGCAGGCGCCGGCACAGCGCCCCCUCCCCGCCCUGCGCACCAGGAACCGUUUCCGGGGCGGAUGCUUUUUGUAGCUGACCCCGCGCGGCCGGUGACGCCAAGGCCCAGACGGAAGUGCGGGCGGAGGAGCCCGAGCCGGAGCCGGAGCCGGAGCCGGAUCCCGAGCCUGAGCCCCCGCCGGGAGCAGGUCUCGGGGGCUCCGGGCUGUGGGAGCCGCUGGGCCUGGCAGCGAUGGCGACCCUGUGGGGAGGCUUCCUUCGGCUUGGCUCCUUGCUCAGCCUGUCCUGCCUGGCGCUCUCAGUGCUGCUGCUGGUGCAGCUGUCAGACGCCGCCAAGCGAUUGCCUUCAUGUUGUGGAUCCCAUGCCUGUGCGUGGGCCUGAUGUAGAAGCAUACUGUCUACGCUGUGAAUGCAAAUACGAGGAAAGAAGCUCUGUUACGAUCAAGGUUACCAUUAUAAUUUAUCUCUCCAUUUUGGGCCUUCUACUUCUAUACAUGGUUUACCUUACUCUGGUUGAGCCCAUACUGAAGAGACGCCUGUUUGGACACUCACAAUUGAUACAGAGCGAUGACGAUGUUGGGGCUAAAGAGGAAAUGAUGGAUAAUCGAAGCUACUCUAAUCUGCCAGAAAAGCUGCCUGCCUUCUCUGAUUCUGCCCACUUGCCACUGACCACCAGGUCCUUCUAUCUGGACCCCAUGGUCUCUUUCCACCUGUACCCUGAUGCCCCGGUGUCGUCCCCUUACUCUGAAGACCUGCCAUUGCUGCCCUUUCCCAGCGAUUCCCUGAUCAUGGAAAAUUAUGGUGAACCCUGCCCCUUCUCCUUCCCAAUGCCUUAUCCAAAUUACAGAAGGUGUGAAUACUCCUAUGGGCCAGCCUUUAUCCGCAAAAGGAAUGAGCGGGAAAGGCAGCGGGUGAAGUGUGUCAAUGAAGGCUACGCCCAGCUCCGACAUCAUCUGCCAGAGGAGUACUUGGAGAAACGACUCAGCAAAGUGGAAACCCUCAGAGCUGCCAUCAAGUAUAUUAAUUAUCUGCAGUCUCUUCUGUACCCUGAUAAGGCGGAGGCCAAGAAUAACCCUGGGAAAGUUUCCUCCAUAAUGGCAGCCACCAGCCACCACACUGACCCCAUUUUUAGAAUCAUUUGAGUCAGUGUUUCUGAAUAGAAACAAUUUCACAAAACGGAGCCUCUUACAGCAGCAUUCAGUAGUUUUUCCUAAACGUAAUUUCUGCAUAGGGUGAUAACAGCUCAAAUGUCCACCUGUGCUGGCUAUUUCCUACCAGGGUUUCAGAUGUACUAAACAUGAUCCUAUGGGGACUGAGAAGAUGCAUCUUAAGCUUUGGUGAUUUCUUUCAAGAACUUUAGAGGAGCAGGCGUCCCCAGGAUUCUCUAUACCCCUCACUUUGCCCUUCUCCCACACUUGGCCAGAGUCUCAGCUGUGAGAAACACUCCUCCGAAAGUAUUGUGAAGUCUGACCAAUGAGUAAUCAAUGCUUGUUAAGCUCUUUGCAAGCCCUUCAAUGCUAAGCGAUCACAAUGAAACUCCCUUGUUUGUUAAAGUCUGGUAGUUGUUAUUAUUAUAAUUUGGUGUUGACAGGAAAUCUCUACAUCUAUACCUUACCCACGUCAUGAUGGGAAAGUGUCCCAGGGUUGAAGCAAAGGUAACUAACAAAAUCUUGUCAUCUGAAAUUAUUUUGGAGUCAUCUUUUUCCUGCAUGCAGAAGACUUCCUCAGGCAGCUUAGUCUAGGGGUUAAGAAGGCUGUGCAGUUGGGGCGCCUGGGUGGCUCAGUCGUUAAGCGUCUGCCUUCAGCUAAGGUCAUGAUCUCAGGGUCCUGGGAUCGAGCUCAUCGGGCUCCCUGCUCCGCAGGAGGCCUGCUUCUCCCUCUCCCACUCCCCCUGCUUGUGUUCCCUCUCUCGCUGUGUCUCUCUCUGUCAAAUAAAUAA